AUGUCACAUCCAGUUCUGUACUCUGCCGUCCGGUUAUCGAGGCCUCGGGCCGCGCGCGCAUCGGUCCCUGCAGCCUCAUCUCCGGCUUUGGCAUUUAACUUCUCCGCGCCGUUUUCCCACACUUCAUAUCGAACAGCGAUCACUCACGCAACCUCGAAGCGCAGCACCGAAAUACGACCGAGCAAAUUGUCAAGAGUUCCGAGGUUACGUUCGACUUUCAUUCAACCGCGCUCCCCCUUCUCCUCCGCCUCAAGUCCCGCCGCCCAAGUGACGCAGAACCCGAGAACAGAUGAUGAUGGGAAUACAUUGAUGAUUGGGAUCUCCGAGCGAGCUGCAAAUCGCCUCCGCCAAAUCACCGACCCAUCAACAUCACCCUCCGCAACAAAAGACGAAAACCCGUACCACCACCUCCGAAUCACAGUAACCAGCGGAGGCUGCCAUGGCUUCCAGUACCUGAUGUCUCUCGAAGCCGCGUCCAAGAUUCACGCGGAAGAAGACACCAUUUUCGAAGCCGAAGCAGAUUCAUCCGCAGAGGGCUCCUCUGGCGGGAAUGCAAAGGUCGUCAUGGACGAACCAUCGCUUGAGCUCCUUUCCGGUAGCACAGUUGAUUAUACAACAGAGCUUAUUGGCAGCCAGUUCAAGAUCGUCGAUAACCCACGGGCUACAAGUAGCUGUGGUUGUGGGACGAGCUUCGAUGUCGUUGAUUAA